GACAGAAGGUAAGAAAUACGUCUGAGAUCGAUCGAGCGACUCACGUGUACAACAGUGCGUUUGUCGCCAGCUAUCAGUUCCGCAGUCAUCUUGUUCGAGAGCAGGGAGUUACGAACAAGUGUUUUACUGCACAACACCUGUCAAAAUUUUCUGUAAACAUUUCGAAGACAAAUAUUUUGAUAUCGUGGAAUUAAUACGUACUUAUAUUGUUGAUUGUUUUUUUAUAUAAUUUUGUGAGUGCGUUAAUCUGAAAACAUUUCUCGAAAUGGAUAUAACACCGACGUAUUGGGAGGAAAAUUCAAAUAUACAACGUGUGAAAUACGAAAGUUGUAACUCCCACGAUGAAUCUUCUAGAAUGAAAGACGAUAGGGGAGUGUAUAAUUGUUGCGAUACGAAUUUGAAUUUUUCUACAGCCACUUGUAGUGAAGAUGACUGUGAAUAUGGGCCAUACAAAAAAAAUAAAGUAGCAAGGCAAGAUCCGAUGUCCCAUCGAAUUAUAGAGAAAAGGAGACGAGAUAGAAUGAACAAUUGUCUAGCGGAUUUGUCCAGACUGAUACCCACGGAAUAUUUGAAGAAAGGACGAGGAAGAAUCGAAAAAACUGAAAUUAUCGAGAUGGCCAUUAAACAUAUGAAAUAUUUGCAACAGGAACAUGGGAAUCCCACGGAACAUUAUCGAUUAGGUUACCAAGAAUGCAUGUCAGAAGCAAUGCGGUUCAUGGUAGAAGUAGAAGGCCAUUUUCCAAGAGAAGCAAUCUGCGUUCGAUUACUGACUCAUCUACAAAAACAUUGCGAAUCAAUAUCGCGAUCGUCGAGCUUCAAUCCAAGCCGACACUCCUCUAUAAUGUCCGAACACAUAGUGCCGGUACCCAGCAUACCAGAACCCAUCCAAAAUGACGUUUCAAAUAAUACUAGGACUGAUUACCCGGUAUCAAAACUAGAACAGGAACCGAAUAAUAACGCGCCGUACAUUGUGAAUUCUAGCAACCAGAUUGCCGGCGAAAUUGAGUACGACAAACAUUCGGAAGCGCAAGGAGUUUCUUACAAAUAUAAAACGAACAUUAAACUCAGAUUUACGCAGGAUGUUAACGGAAAUUGUCAGGAUAAUUCCAAAACCCAAAAAAAUGAAAACAACGGCAGAAGGAACUCGUUGACCAGCAUAGAAAAUCAGAGUUCUAGUCACAGUUCACCUCCCAGCAGUGAACCGUGCACUCGAAUCUCAGACAGCGACAACACACACAGGAGAUCUCCAUCGGACAGCACGUCAUCUGUCAUAGGACCAAAAUUGGAACCGCCCAGAAACGAACUAAUCCAAAGGUACUCACCGAAUAUCAAAUUGCAAGUCCAAAACGACGUCAAACAGAAUUUCAACAUCCCGAUAUUCGUCCUGCACACCAAAGGAUCCUACUACGUUCCGCUUACCGUAGAUUAUAAGACUCUUUUUCCAUUUUUGCAUAAUUACGACUUGCUGGAGAUUACGCCGAUGCACGUGCUGCAUCCUGUCACUAUCAAUGUCAAUUUCACGCCUAGUUAUAAUAAUGACAUUUCUAUUUGUGGUAAAUAUAAAAGCGAUUUUGCCAAUUGGCAUUAGGUCCGGUGAAGAAGUACUAAGAUGGCUGUGAUGAUCAGGUGAACUUUAAGACUGAUGUAAAGAUAGAUAGGGAGUCUGUAAAUACCAGAUAAUUUUUAUUUUUAGAUAAAAUUUCGAGCUGCGCAAACGCGACCUCUGAACCAAAAACUGCUGAACAUUUAUGGGUAAUAUACGCCGAAACAACUGUCAACAAUUGUCAUAAAAGCUUCAAAAUGUGUGUUCCAUACAUUUUUUCAUAAACGUUUAUUAUUCCUCAGUUUUUUUACUUAUUGAUAAUGACAAUUGACAUUUUUAUAAAUGCGGUGUUGCUAAAAGUAAAAAAGUAUACGGUAUAGAAAAUGGGUCGAUUAAGAAGAAUUGGCUCUUUAGUAAUGGUUCCAGGCCGUACAUUGUAGCCGAAAAAUCUCUGUCCAUAAAAUGACCAUAGAUUUCCAAGUUCCAAGCACUUAUUUUAGAUUGACAAGUGAAGUAUAACAUAUCUUGAUGAAAACGUUCGAGUUUUUGUAAAGAAGAAUCACUAAAAUACACAGCAAUUAGGCCAAGAGAUUUAUCUAUUAAAAAUUAGAAUAAAACUA